AUGUGGUUGCACAAAGGCUAUCAAUCAUUCGAUCGUCCCAUCAGUGGUGUAGCAGUCAAAGUGAAAGGUAUCGCUUGGAAACAUGUAUUCCAAAGACAAAACCAUGUUGCAAAUGGAAUAAUUGUGCUGGACAGUGGAGAUUACUUACUACAACCUACACAGAAUUCUGGAUUUUAUUUAAUAACAACAAUAAGACACUUUGUAGUACAAAGUAUGUCAACGUGCAGUGAAGGUGAUCGAUUGCCUGAUGCACAAUGUCUAGAAGAUGAACACUGUCCAGCUGGUUACCAAGCGGGAUUCCAAGCAUUCGGUUAUGAUGGUAUCGUACCAGAUGAGAACUCCAUCGCAAUCGAUGAGAGUGGACAUGGAAUAUUCACAGGGAAAUGUUUGAAGGAUCAUGGGAAAUGUGAAAUAUUCGGUUGGUGUCCAACUGGUGAUGACUAUGAAUAUGAAUUGAUGAAAGAACGUAAUGCGAAGAUGAGAUUGAUUCGACCACCAAAUAUUAUAGAAGGAUAUUAUAAUUUUUUCACAGAUUUACGAUUUUUAGAAGUGAAAAACCGAAUCAAUGAUCUUACACCACAUUCCGUUGAUCCUCUAUUCGAGAUUGUCAAUUUCACAAUGCUGAUUAAAAACAGUAUAGAGUUUCCUGCAUUCAAUAAGAAACGACUGAAUAUUUUAUCCUGGAUGACAGAUAGUUAUCUACAAGAGUGUUUGUAUAAUCCUGAACACGAAGUCGAUCGAUACUGUCCCAUCUUCCGUCUCGGUGAUGUAUUCAAACUGGCUGGGACGAACACCAAUCGUCUGUUGAAAUAUGGUGGAGUGGUUGCCAUCACAAUCAGUUGGGAGUGUGAUUUGGACUGGUCUCCUGAAUACUGUUUACCGAAGUAUGAAUUUCUUGAAUUGGAGAGUGUUCACAAAGUUCGUAAACUUCGAGUGGAUAAUUCCACUUAUAGUCAUCAGGGUGGUCAUAUGAAGUGGUCACCAUCACAGUCAGAGGAUACAUCAACGUCAACAACAGACAACAGAGAGGGAAUAUUCGAUUACACAUAUGCAGCACACAUUCCGAAGGAUGAAGAUGAUAUAAUCGAUGAUAACGAAGAGGUUGUUACAGUUCAUGAAGGUUCUGCAGCACGUGUUACUUGGUAUUUUGGUCAUGACACAGAGACUGUGAAGAAUCGAAGACGCAUUCUAGCUCAUGUGAAUGGCAUACAAUUCAUUAUCCGUGUCACUGGGAUAGCUGGGAAAUUUAAUUUACUUUCAUUCACAAGAAGACUUGGUUCUGUUAUCGCACUCUUGAGUGUAGCUCCACUGCUGACUGAUAUGAUCCUGUUUCAUUUUACACGCGAUCGUAAACGCUAUAAACAGAUUACUUGUGAUAAUACGACAGUGAAGCUUUUAUUAACGAGAACCUCCCAUUGUAGACGGCUGAUGCAUUCAGUGUCCGAUUCAAAAAUAACCGGUCGAUGUGAUUUUUACAAUCAAAAUGCAAGUUCGCAUACACCAUUGGAGAAUAAUCUUUACGAAUGGAUACAGUGA